UAAUAAAAAAAAAUCUCUGUUGUGAGUCUCAUUUGUUUCGUUGAGGUUUGAGUUAAAUUUUAAUUGUUUUUGUUUUGAAUUGAUUGCCUGAGGAUAUUUACCAUUUAUCGUUGAUUGUAAAAGUAAAAUGAGUUCUGAGGUGAAAGUUGUUUCGGUUUCUAAAUGUUUCGAGGGUAAACAAUUCGUCUAUUCUCAUUACAGUGAUUCACUUAAAUGUGAGAUGAAUUUUUCUCUCUAUCAACCGCCUCAGGCUACAGAAUCUAACAAAGUACCGGUCAUCUAUUUUCUAUCAGGAUUAACUUCAUCGGAACAGGAGAUUAUUCAACAAUCAGGGUUCCAGAAAUACGCCUCUCACCAUGGAAUCUGUGUUGUUGGUCCUGAUACUUUUCCUCGAUCUUCUUUCCCCAAAGACAGCACCAUAACUCGAGCUCAAAUGGCCUCAAUGUACGUCGAUGCAACGACCAAGGGUUGGAAUGAACAUUACAAGAUGUACACUUAUGUUACUAAAGAAUUGAUUAAAUUGGUCGAAGAAAAGUUUAAUUUCAUUGAGAAAGACAAUCGAUCCGUUAUGGGUCACAGUAUGGGCGGACAUGGGGCUCUAAUGGCUUCUCUUCGUAAUCCUGGUCUCUAUAAAUGCUGCUCGGCAUUUGCACCAAUCUACAAUCUUGAAGGUGCUCAUGAAUUUAUGGUUAACCUAAUGGACAAGGAAGAUUAUGAUAAUUGGGAUGCUACUUGUCUACUCCGUAAUUACAAAGGACCUUCACUACAUAUACUCAUUGAUCAGGGAGCGGAAGAUUAUAUACUUGGUCUAUUCAGCGCGGAUCGUUUCAUUGCCGCUGCAGUGGAAAAUAAAACAACCGUUACCUUUAACCUCUACGAAGGCUAUGACCAUGGACACCAGUUCGUGAAAACUUUCAUCGGUCAUCAGUUUGACCAUCAUGCCAAAAUUUUGAAGAGUUAAUCUCAAUAUCAGAAUUUAUCAAGUACUCUCAUGGUGAAUCUCAGAAUCUAUCGAUAUGUUGGAAAACAAUUUAUUAGAUCUUCGUUAUGCUGAUGAUUAUUUCCAUAGCUCAAUUAACCUUUUUUUUGUAAUUUAAUUAAUGAUUUGGUUUCAAUUGAUUUCUCAAAUCUCUCCAAUUGAUAAACAUUAAAUAUUCAAUUGUCAAUUUUUCCGAGUGAAAACUGAAAAUUUCCAAUCAA